AUGAUGGAAUUGACUUUGACAAGAAUUGAUUAUGCACAAAUUGGUACUACAUGCAAACGAUCAAUGCGAAUUAUUCCAACUAAUCAAAAUACAAAGAAAAAAUCAAAAUUUCUAGAUAAGAUUGUUUGUGGUGGCCAUAGCGGAACUGUCCUGUGUUUUGGUAGAAAAGAUGGUGAAACACAAGUAAUUUUUAAAACACCUCCUGGGCCAAAGGUGGUAUGCAUUUGUCUGGGUGGCGCACUUGGAAUGAUACAAGAUAAAAUUUUUUGUGCAUAUGAAGAUCGGGUCAAAGGUUAUACAAAAAAAGGCAAACAAUUUCUCACAUUUGAUUCGAAUAUGGUUGAACCAAUAUCAUGCAUGUAUAUAUAUGGCGUUGAAAUGUUUCUUUGUGCUGAACGAAAUUUUAAUCAUUUUCAUGAUUGUGUUGAUGCUAAUACUUAUUUGUGCGGGGAUCAAAUCAACGAUGUACUCUGUUUACCGAUAGUAGAAGGUUCAUGGGUCGGUCGUGGUAUUACUCCAAUUAUUGCAUGCAAUGAUAAAACUAUUAAGGUAAUUGAAGGUAGCAAACUAAGCUAUGAAAUAGGUUUGAACGAUAUACCAAAUGUGUUACAUCUUUUUAUGAAUGAUGGAGGUUUCAACAAGCAAAAAGUUCUUUAUGGUACCAAAGAUGGUCAUCUUGGUUUGGUAGAUUUAUCACCAGAAACUGGAACAUUAAUAUGGGAAAUACCAACAAAAAAUGCAAGCACCAUAACAUGCAUUUGUUGCUAUCCAAUGACCAAUGGAUCAACACCAAAUAUUAUCAUUGGUAAAGAGGAUGGACUCAUUGAACUUUAUGUGGUUGAUAGCACUGAUAAAGCUACUUUCUGUCAAAGUUAUCAAUGUGAAGAUUCUGUGCUAAACGUUCAAUGUGGACGAGUUUCAUCGCCCGAUUUUGAUGAGAUUGUUGUUUCUACUCAUAUCGGUUGGGUUUUUGCACUUACCACAGAACCAAUCGACAAAUUAAAUUCCACUAUGGCAUUAUCACCUCAGGUAGAGGUCAAGGUUCAAGAGCUUAGAAAUGAAAUUGAAAAUUUGCAACAAAAAAUUGACAAAGAGCAACAACGAUAUAAUGAAAUAACAGUGGGAAAAGAUGUUGUAUCAGUAGUGAUACCAAAUUUUAUCAUUCAUGAUCAAUUUAAACUUGAUAAAGAAACUAUCUGCUAUUCAUUGAUCAUUGAACUUACUAUACCAAUUGAUUUCGUCUUACUUCAGAGUGAUAUUACAAUCGAAUUGCUUGAUGUUGAGAAGAAUGCAGCGGUUGUUUCGAUUACACCACCGGAUGAAACGUCAAAAAAUCUACUACUAGCAACAUAUCGUUGUCAAGCAAGCACAACAAGAAUGGAAAUUAAAAUUCGCUCAUUGGAAGGACAAUGUGGAAAUUUUAAAGCAUAUAUUUGCCCAAAAAUUCAUCCCAAAACGUGUCAGGUACGUAAUUAUGUGAUUAAACCAUUAUCAUUGCAUCAACGAGUGCAUCAGUUUAAUACAUCGAUGCCAGUGAAUGUAUUAAAAUUAAUUGGAAAUUUUUCAAUUGCUGAAGCGCAUCAUUGGUUAAAUCUUUUGGUAUCAGAAAUACCAGACCGACCACCAUUACAGGACUCUGUUACAUAUAAUUUCUCAUCAAUUUUUAUUGGUACACAAAUGCAAGUUACAUAUAGCCGUGGUUUAGCCAUCUUUUCCAGUGAUAAUAUUUCAACUAUUGCAAUCGUUCGUGAUGUUCUGAGUAAAGAAGUGACCAAAAGACAAGUUAGAGUGGACAUUCAAUAUGGAAAGCAUUUUCAUUUAUAUCUUUUUAAAUUCUUGCAUCUAAUUAAUCCAAUCCAGCAGUAUUUUACCGAUCGAAAUAAUAAUCAAUAA